AUGUUUCCGGGUUGCGGUGCCAAUAGACAAUCGCCAAUCAAUAUCGAUACCCAUAGACUAGUCUAUCAGACAUUUAGUUUGGUUUUAUACAACUAUCAACAAUCGUACGAUACUAAUGUGGCAAACAAUGGUGAUUUGGCACAGGUAUCGUUUGAGACAACGCCAACCGCAGGAAAACCAUUUGUUGAACUGAGUGAUACAGGCGAUACCAGAUAUAUACUUGAGCACCUACAGUUUCAUUGGGGUAAACAAGUGGAUGAUGGUAGUGAGCAUAGUGUUGAUGGCAAAUCAGCAGCUGCUGAGAUAUUUUUCACACACUAUAACCAAGACUACGGCAACACUGAUGAGGCAUUGUUUCAUCCAAACGGUAUCGUUAUUAUGUCGGUAAUGGCCGACAUCAGCGACAAUGAUAAUCCCAAUUUGAAGCCAUUAAUUGAUGCCGUAUCCCGUAUCGCCCCAUUCAAUACAUCCAUAGAUAUACCGGCUGAUCAAUCGUUUUAUAUUAGCUCAAUGUUGCCCGAUAAUAAAUUGGCCAUGUACAAAUAUCAUGGAUCAAUUACAAUACCGCCAUGUCACGAAUCGGUUACCUGGAUCAUUUUUGAAAAUCGCAUUUCAAUCAGUACUAAACAGUUAAACACAUUUCGUUUGAUGCAAUGGGAGUUUCCUAUUGGCAAUGAAACUCAUAUAUUAGAUAAUCGCCGACCAAUUCAGCCAUUGACCGGACGAUCCGUUUUUAGCUCAAAACAGCACUAA